GGCGGUGUGGACGGGGCUGAGGCGGCCUGGCGCCGUUCGCGCGGAGAUGACGCCUUCGCUCACGGCGCGCUUAGUUACUGAUCUUAAUAGGUCUCGUGUUGUUUCUUUAAAGUGUAUCGGCGGGCCCACUAGAAGAUGUUGCCGCUUCCCACGCUUCCAGGCGCGCUGGAUGGGGCCCUGAGCAGCCUGGUCCAGGGGGAGGUGUCCCUGCCCAUGGAACUUCGUGUUCCGUGACAUGAAAUUAACCGCUAAGGGGUUGGGACGAGACGAGCUUUUAAGGUCCCUUCCAACGCAAACCGUUCUAUGGCUUUAUGAGUUUUCCCUUGAGACCAUUGCAGCUACUGUCUUACUGCCUUAUAAAUUGCUGAGUGUUGCUCGAUUAAUAGGAAAAGUGGGUUAUGCUUUUUUUUUUAUAAAUAGCAAAAAGGUCAACUUUUGGUUUUGAAGCUGAUGGCGACAGGAGAACUCCCGUCAGAGUUUGUUUAUAUGCUCCUAGAAGCUGUUCUUCCAUCCCUGGAAGUGUCUCUGUGCAAGGCCAGGUUGGAAUGGGCUUUGGAGCAACCUGGUCUGAAGGUGUCCCUGCCCGUGGGAGGGGGUUGGAAUGCAAUGAGCUUUGUGGUCCCUUCCAGCCCAAACUAUUCUGGGAUUCUAUUCUAAGAAAUAUGGGGUUUUUUGAGACAUUGGCAGUUGCUUAGCAAAGCUGGAUGCAGUGAACGAACCAUGAACUGCUUCAGCAGGAAACCCAGAAGGAUUUAAAAAGUAGGUCUGCAAGCUCUUUCAUCACCUCAUUUGUCCUCGUGCUGGAGCAGUGACAGCUCUGCCUUCACCUCUGCAAGGAGGGGCAGUGAAUCCUGCGUGCUGCAUCCAGCCUGCCCUCUGUAAGCUCACAGAGCUUUUCUCUUUUACACCUCAGAAGCUUUGUCUCAGCUUGGUUGUGCUCCCCGAAGUGCUGAAGCAGCCUCAUCUGCUACUGAAGGUCUGGCCUCAGGAAACCAGUAAUGAGAUGUGAGGGUACAUCUCCCUAGAUAACAGCUCCAGGUUGCAUCUGGCUCAGGAGAUCCGUGGCCUCGUGGUGUUACUGCUUUCUCAUGACAACUGGUGUGUGGGAGCAGAGGGGACGGGUGUUUCCAUCCCCCCUGCAGCAGGUGGUUUCAGUCCUGCAGCCUUGACUGAAGGAGAGCACUGCUCUUUCCAUCCCUGCAGUUCACUCCAGUGGGAUCCUUUGGAGCUCUGCCUGUAGGCCACACUGUAUCCAAAAAUCCCUACCCCAAAAGCAGUUUAAAUGGAAACAAGUCAAAAGAGUGGGCAGCUGUUAAAUUUAUAGCCACUGCGUGUCUGCAAGCACUGCAGUUGUCUUUGUUCUGGAGUGUGUCAUGUGGAGACUGCAGCACCCAGGCUGUGACACUCCUGAAAAUCCCUGGGUGCUUCGGGGCCACUGCUGCCAGCCCGUGUCACCUCUCUGUGCAAGGUGGCAGAGGUGACAGUGCUCUGUACUCCUGUGAUUUACACAGGACCCACAGGCUCUUCUCAGGCUGCACUAGCAGAGGGUAAAGCUCACCUCAUCCAGCGGUGAAAUGCAGCUAUUUGUAGCGAUUCAGCAUGUGGAUUGUAAGUUGGGUACAAAGGGAACUGGUACUUCUUGCUAGGAGUUUGCAGCUCUUGAAAAACAGCAUAGCCGUGUCAGAUUGGGUUAGUCUGUUGGCUUUGAGGUGGAGAGAAUGAGGCUGGAUUGAAAACUAAUGGAAAUUCAGACGUGAAAAGGUGUUUUUCCUUGGCUUGCUUAGCAGAAAUCAAGUGAAAUGCCAGAGCAGAUGUUUGAAGUUGGAGAAGAUGCUGCCUGGGCUGUGGGCUCAGAGCAGGUUCUCAAAUGUGCAGUGCUCCUGCAGUGCUUACUCCUGUCAUUGUUAUUCAUGAACAGCAAUCCCAGCUAUCCUCAGUGUUGUUCGGGGAUAAAAACUGAUUUCAGGUUGGUUUGCUCAGUUUCCACUCCCCCCUUCUGGAGGGUUGUGCUGUGAAGGCUGGCGUGUCACUAUGCCAGGCAUGAAAUGGCAGCUGUUUGGCUUUUUUCUGUCUCUGUAUAGGACUCUUGUAUCGUAGGGAACUGUUUAGUGCUGUAAAAUUACUUGGUUUGUGACCCACCAGGGUAGCAGCCUGCCAUGUGAAGCUUUUUACUUCAUUCUAAUUGUUCAUUACAUUUGAUGAUGUUUGGUGCCUGGAAAAAAAAAAACACCACAGUUUACCAGUGUUCAUUAUUGCAAACAAUUUGUAAGGAUUGAUGAGAUCCUGAUACCAACAGCAGAAAAAAUAAACUCACAUGAAAUUAUCAAUCACUUCACAUUGACAUGGGUUUUUUCUGUCUUGAGGAAAGAUGGCCACAGCUGUGUGAAAUAUAUCUCUUGACUAGCUCUUCAUCACAGGAGAAACUUCUGGUUCCACUAAUGGCUUUAGUGAUCCUUAUUUUAAUUCUGUAGAAGUGAAAUGUCUUUCAUCUGGGAAAAGUUCCUUCUCCUGCUGUUUGUUGGUUUGGUUUUUUUUUUUUUAAUGUAGAUUUAGUAACCCACUGUGUUGUUUUGCAAGGUGCUGUGAAAUCCAGAAAGUGGGAGUUGUUUGUUGAUCACUUAGAGAUUUUAAAACUAGUUUCUUGUUUACAGCAUUAAUUUUAGGACUAAGGAAACCUUGCCAAGAAGACUGGAUUUGCUACCUAGGAACAAAGCAGUGAAAGGGGGGGUCAUUCCAGGAACAGCAAAUGUGGGCUCCAGCUGAAACUCUGCAGGCAAUUGUAGCUCUUUGCCAGGUGGACUCUAGUGAAGAAUGAGCCCAUGAUGCUUUUUUCCCCUCACCUGGGGUACUUGUAAGGAGAGGAUGGGGCCCUGGCUGAAAAAUCUUGGGUUUUGUGAUGGUUGCUUUGCUGUCAAAUGUGACUGCAAUGGAGUGGGGUUGCUGUAUGGCCUGUCAGGUUUUAGUGAUGCUUGUAAGGAGGAACCGUGGGACAUCCUGAAGUCUUGUUACAUCCACACUGAGCGCUCUUAAAAUCCAGAACAGCAGCAGGAGAUACAUCCUGAGCCUUCAGAGGCAGCUUUGAAGAUGACAGCAGUUACUGUGAGGAAUGUGGGGCAUAUUCUGAUUUUGUACUGUGAAUGCUAAAAACUGUAUUGAAGUCAUAUCUAUGUUUAUAGGCUGAACUGUUCAGCUUUCCAAGUAAAAUUUUCCUUUAUUCUCUUGGCAAUUAAAGGAGAUGAUGAGCCAAUUCCAUUCUAAACAAAGAGGGGGAGACAAUAUCCAAACAGUCUUUUUUUUUUUUCUUUUUUUUUUUCCUAAUGGCCUUUAAGUUAUCUCGUAGCCUUCUUUACAUGCGAUGCCAAAGUAAAUUCUGAUGCCUCUUGGCCAUCUCCCGUUUUUGGAGACCGGCCACACACACAAAUGGUUGCACUUCUAUCUCCCAGUACGUAUAUAAUUAAAUCUGACCCUGCAAUGAAAGGGAGAGACUGAGAAAGUUCCUGAGCAGGAGCAGAGGCUGAUUAGUACAAAUUAUUAGAGCUGCUGAUUGAAAGGCUGCAGCUGUGACUGCCAUAGAGGGGAGAAGGGAGCGAGGUCUUGGUGCUUGUAGUGGUGUCUGCCAGGUCUUGUCCUCGGGUUACGCCAGCAGAGAUGUUUGGUUUGUGCUGUGCCCGUCCCAAACUCACCCGCUGCACCCCGUAAUCCAUCUGUACUAUGGGAAGGGGGUGUAACUGAGAGGCGACGGCGAUGUCGGUGGAUUGCCUGGGACAGCGCGCGGUGCUCUCAGGCCGCCGUUUCCUCUACAUCGUCAACCUGGAUGCCCCAAACGAGGGUCACCGCAAGAUCUCCCGCCAGAGCAAGUGGGACAUUGGGGCAGUGCAGUGGAACCCCCAUGACAGCUACGCCUACUACUUUGCAGCCUCGAGCAAUCAGCGAGUUGACCUGUAUAAGUGGAAGGAAGGUAAUGGAGAAGUCUGCACAUCACUGCAAGGACACACACGUGUGAUCAGCGACCUGGACUGGGCAGUGUUUGAGCCAGACCUGCUGGUCACCAGUUCUGUGGACACAUACAUCUACAUCUGGGACAUCAAAGACACCAGGAAGCCCACGGUCUCGCUCUCUGCAGUCGCUGGAGCCUCCCAGGUGAAAUGGAACAAGAAGAAUGCCAACUGUUUAGCAACCAGCCACGAUGGGGAUGUCCGAAUAUGGGACAAAAGGAAACCCAGCACUGCGGUGGAAUAUUUGGCAGCUCAUCUCUCCAAAAUCCAUGGUCUGGACUGGCAUCCUGACAAUGAGUACACGCUGGCCACUUCCAGCCAGGACAACUCUGUCAGGUUCUGGGAUUACCGUCAGCCUCGGAAAUACCUCAAUAUCCUUCCCUGCCAGGUUCCUGUCUGGAAGGCAAGAUACACGCCUUUCAGCAACGGGCUGGUGACAGUGAUGGUCCCCCAGCUCCGUCGGGAGAACAGUCUCCUUCUGUGGAAUGUCUUUGACCUGAACACGCCUGUCCACACUUUUGUGGGCCAUGAUGAUGUGGUGCUGGAGUUUCAGUGGAGGAAGCAGAAAGAAGGUUCCAAAGACUACCAGCUGGUGACGUGGUCCCGCGAUCAGACCCUGCGGAUGUGGCGGAUCGACUCCCAGCUGCAGAGGCUCUGUGCUAAUGACAUCCUGGAUGGAGUUGAGGACCUGAUUGAUGGGAUUUCUCACCUGCCAGAGCCAGACAAGACCCUUCACCCCCAGGAUGCAGAGCCCCAGCAUAACUCUGGACAUGGGGAUGAGGAAGCCUUAAAAGAAGAUUUCCUGAACGACCCUCUGGUGGGAAAGAAAACAGACCAGCUGGGGCUGCCUCAAACACUGCAGCAGGAGUUCUCACUGAUCAAUGUGCAGAUCCGAAAUGUCAAUGUGGAGAUGGACGCGGUGAGUCGUAGCUGUACGGUGUCGGUGCACUGCGGCAACCACAGGGUCAGGAUGCUGGUGAUGUUCCCUGUCCAGUAUCCCAAUAAUGCUGCACCAUCCUUCCAGUUCAUCAACCCGACCUCGAUCACGGCCUCCAUGAAGGCAAAGCUGCUGAAGAUACUGAAAGACACUUCCCUGCAGAAGGUGAAGCGGAACCAGAGCUGCCUGGAGCCCUGCCUGCGUCAGCUGGUCUCCUGGCUGGAGUCUGUCGUGAACCAAGAGGACAGCACGUCCAGCAAUCCCUACGCUUUGCCGAACUCCGUGACACCCCCCCUGCCCACCUUCGCCCGCGUCUCCAACGCCUACGGCUCCUACCAGGACUCAAACAUCCCAUUCCCACGGACCUCUGGAGCCAGGUUCUGUGGUGCAGGGUACCUGGUGUACUUCACGAGGCCCAUGACCAUGCACCGCGCGGUGUCUCCGAUGGAGCCCACGCCCAGGUCCCUGUCAGCUCUGUCAGCGUACCACAGCGGCCUCAUCACUCCCAUGAAGAUCCGCACGGAGACUCCGGGCAACCUGCGCUUGUACAGCGGGAGCCCCACACGCAGCGAGAAGGAGCAGGUCUCCAUCAGCUCCUUCUACUACAAAGAGAGGAUGUCUCCUCGCUCUGCCCGGCGACGUUGGUCCAUACAAGCAAUUAACGACUUCCCGAAAUCGAGGAGGUGGAAAAGCAAACGAGAGGGGACGGAUGCCAACAACCGACCCAUCAAAGCUGCUGGGAAAGUUAUUAUCCAGGAUAUUUCCUGCUUGCUGCCUGUCCACAAGCUGCUGGGGGAGCUCUACAUAUUGAAUGUGAAUAACAUCCAGGAGACGUGCCAGAAGAACGCUGCCUCGGCCUUGGCUGUGGGACGCAGGGAUCUGGUGCAGGUUUGGUCACUGGCCAUGGUAGCCACUGAUCUCUGUCUCGGACCGAAGUCUGACCCAGAUUUGGAGAUACCUUGGGCACAACAUCCAUUUGGACGUCAAUUACUGGAGUCCUUGCUGGCUCAUUACUCACAGCUCCACGAUGUGCAGACCCUGGCCAUGCUCUGCAGUGUGUUUGAAGCCCAGUCCAGGCUACAGGGGUGCCCCAACUCCUACGGCCCCUUUCCUCAGCGUGCCUCCAACCUGGCCUCCCACAGCCGAUACCCCAGCUUUACUUCCUCUGGCUCCUGUUCCAGCAUGUCAGACCCUGGAAUUGGCACCGGAGGCUGGAACAUAGCAAACAAAGACACGGAGCAGGCCUCCACCCCCUGGUGCGAGUCUUCCCCGGAUGACUUCCGCUACGGAAACCUGAUGUAUCCUGACCAUCGGGAGCGGGAGAAAGACCAGCAUGAGAAAAACAAGAGGCUGCUGGAUCCUGCCAACACUCAGCAGUUCGAUGACUUUAAGAAGUGCUACGGAGAAAUCCUUUAUCGCUGGGGCCUGCGGGAGAAGCGGGCGGAGGUGCUGAAGUUUGUCUCGUGUCCCCCUGAUCCCCACAAAGGAAUUGAGUUCGGCGUGUACUGCAGCCACUGCCGCAGCGAGGUGCGCGGCACCCAGUGCGCCGUCUGCAAGGGCUUCACCUUCCAGUGCGCCAUCUGCCACGUGGCCGUGCGCGGCUCCUCCAACUUCUGCCUGACGUGCGGGCACGGGGGCCACACCAGCCACAUGAUGGAGUGGUUCCGCACGCAGGAGGUGUGUCCCACGGGCUGCGGGUGCCACUGCCUGCUCGAGAGCACCUUCUGAGCCGGGGGGACGGCAGCCCCGGCGCGGGGUGGAGCGUGUCGUUCCCCAGCCCUGCCGAGCCAGCCCCGCUCCGCGGUGUCCGGAGGGGAUCGGCGCGAGGAGCUGAAGGAGGAUGUCCUGCGCUGUGGUGAUGUUUACAGGUGCUUCCAGUGCUCCUGCACUUCACGGGUCGCUUUCAGGCUGAUUGGACUGAACUCCCUGUGUCCAUUGCUGGCGAUGGAUGCCAGGCCAGAAGAACUGCUCUCUCCUGCAGAGGGGUGUGUGGACGUUGGUUCGUUUGGGAUGAGGGGGUGUUUGAAAGCUCCCCUGGGAAGAGCCCACCUGGCAGAGCCAAACUCACUCCGGUGAUGUGGUGUCUUUCCAGGUGCCUCCUUACAGGGGCUCACAGUGAGCAGAACAGUUGUUUGACACACUUAGGGCAGAAAUAAUUCUCAAGCAACAGUGAGCUCUAACGGUGAGCUGUAAAUGGCGCUUGAAGAGCAAAGAGUCUGUGAGACUGCUCAGAGUUACUUCUGGAAGCAGCAGGGCCCUUAUUUUGAAUGGCUGUUUACAUCACUUAGAUUUCCCCAUAAGGCAAGGGAAGGAAAUGGCAUUUUUCAGCAUUACUUCUUAAAUGGCUUCCUGCUCACUGGUCAGUACCUGUGGCUGGUGCAGAAACCCCAAGGUCCCUGGGGUCAGUUGCUUCCAGCAGUUCUAGUACUGCUAGGCUUUAAGGUGUCUCCAUCUCGUGCUCUGACCAGGUGAUACAAUGCACUUUAACCUGUCCCUGCCUUGUUGCUGACACUUCCUGGUGACUGGGAAAGGCACCUGCCUUUGAGUAUGGGAUCCACUUUGUCUUUCCUUAGAUGGUGGCAUGUUGGAAAGCCUUUGUUUCCUCACUGAGAAAACACAAGGACACUUGUUCCAUGCAACUCCUUUUGGCUGUUGUCUCCAAGCUCUGCAGGGAAAAUUAUGGAUAAUUUGAGAAAUGCUGCUGCUGUGCUUGAGUGAUGAGGCUCCUGAGCCAGGGAGGCUGCAGUUUCUAGGGAAAAAGGGGUUUUUCUCCCUGUGGAGCUUCAGUUGGAGAAUGUAUGGAUCUGUCUGUUGGGGCCAUGCCCGCUGGGCACUUGCAGCCCGAGGUGCUGCUGUGCGGUGAAUGCACACCCAGAGUGCACAGGCUGUGCCUCUCUGGGCUGGGCUCAGCCUGAGCUUUGGGUUUGGGUGAAUGUGUGGUCAGGGAUGAGCCUGCUGGGGCUGCUCCCACCCGUGCCAGCGCUGCUCCCUCCCUCCCGUGCUUGCCUGCUGAGCGGGGCCCCCUGCCAUGCCUGCUCCCAACCCCUGUGCUAGCUCAGGCUGUGGGAUCCUGCUGUGGAAUAAACAGAUGUGUAUCUUAAAACACUUACAACAUUAAAAUUAUUUUUUUAAGUGCUGUUCUGAUA